UAUAAAUUUUGUGUACGUAGGCAUAAGCUGUCUCUUCCACUCCUUUGGGAAAUCAGUGUCAGUUACACUAGAUACCAACGAAGUUUGUCAUCUCGGCCCAAUCUGUCUUUUCCCAGGAUGGUGGCAAAACAGAGAAUUCGCAUGGCUAACGAGAAACACAGUAAAAACAUAACCCAAAGAGGCAACGUAUCCAAGUCAUCGAGAAACAACACGGAUGAUAAGGUUGCAGUGGGCCCGUGGCUCCUCGCGCUCUUUAUCUUUGUCGUCUGUGGGUCAGCAAUAUUCCAGAUCAUCCAGAGUAUCCGAAUGGGCAUGUAACUCAGGACCGUCGGCCAUGUCCCAGUUCAUCAACCUUCCCUGCAUUCCCUCUCUCUCUCUUUCUCUCUCUCUGUCUCUUUCUUUCUUUUUCUCCGGCUAUUUGUUUUAUGGAACGUGACUUUACCAAGGUUGAGUCACUACUGAUAAUUUUGGUGGCUUUUUUUGUAAUUAUUUUCCUUCUGUCAGCCAGAAGUAAAACUGCCAGGCCAUUCCUUCCCUGUGCCUUAUGACUGAGAGUCAUUAAAAAGCCAUACUGAAAAACAGUGCAUUCCGAUCAAGAAUUUUAAUAUGUUCAACACAAUGUCACUGCAUUCCAAAAAAAAACAAAAACACAUAGUAUGCUGAACUAAAGAAAUCUUAAAAACUUCAUAAAUUAUGUUUGAUUUAUGUGUUUGUGACACAAUUUCAUGUCCAUCCUUAUUUGUUUUGAUUUGUUGUAAUGAUUUGUCAUAAUCUCUUUGAUGUCCAGAUGAAGGGAUUAUUUGUGUGUUGUUAUUGUACAAAUAAGGUUCAAACUGACCAAACAUUUGAAGGUCUCUUCUGUCCAAUGAAAAUUGUCAAAUAAAAAAAAGCAAUGUUUGUCCAUAGACUUUCCGAAGUCCAAGUAAACACAAGCAAGUUUUGUUGCUGCAUCUCAGUUAAAUGGUUAUUGUUUUCGAUGUUUUAUUUAUGUAAUUUCUUUUUUUUCUUUUUUUUUUUUAAUCUGUCAUGCUGUCUCAGUGUGCAUCAGAGCAAUCACUGUAGCUAUUUGCACACAGUUAAGCUUUAGGUAGAACAAUGUGAUUUUGGGCACAUAAUUGCUCUUUGCCAUAAUCUUAAAAGGCCCAGAGCUUCUGUACUGGACUAAAACAAGCCUUAUCUGCAAUGUUCUUUUGGGGAACAAUUGAUUGGCUACAGGUACUGUUAAAGAAAAAGUUAAACUGAAUAAAGAUCUCACGUUCAA